AUGUUUCUUCUUUUCGACUUCUAUUCUUGCAAUGGACUUGUCAUGCUGGAUGGUGCUUUGGACCCCAAGCUUUCCCUGCCUGCUGGCUACGUUUUGCAGGCCGCGCCCAAUCUUCAACUUUUCGGCAUGACAUUUCCUUGCGUUACAUUUUUACCCUCCAAUGUGAAAUUGACCCAUUCAUAUGACCGGUUUCCAUUGGACUCGGAACAUUUUCUCACGUAUCGUUUUUACGGGUGGUGA